AUGGCUUUGUUUCCACCGGUGGAUUCUGUGGUGGCAGCUACUAAGCUUGUUGCCAGUUCCCAGCUGGAACACCAGAAGAGCAACUUUCAGCAUGAACUCAUACCUGACAAAGAGGAAAGUUUAAAGGAUCUCUAUGCCCGAAAGAGCCGAAGCUAUUCGUAUUCUCUUUCUGCAGAAAGCAGUCAACACAGCUCCAGGCACGGAGGCUUCUGUUCAGCUGGACUGCAGAGCAAGUAUCUCACCAGCCAGACCAAGACUCUGCCAGCAAAAUCAGUAGCCAGACGGAAAGAAGGAGUGGACCGUGCCCAUCCCCUGAAACCAAUUUUUCACCACAAGGGUGGGAGUGUUCCAGUGGUCAACACAGCACAGCUUGGAAGUUCCCCAUGCAUGGAGGAAGCUCCAAAUAGUAGGCCUAGCUCAAUGGGCAAAGGGAAGCCUCCAGCAGGGAGGUCUCAGCUAGCUGCAGUGCUCUCUCCUUGGACAGCAGAGCCUAAACAGCCAGCCUCCCAUCUGUACAGGAGAGAGCUGGCCUACAUCCUGAAGUUGGAGGCAGAUGGACGGAACCUGGAAGAGGAAAUUCGAAAGAAAGAGGCCCUCCUCAGAGAGAAGCUGAGGAGAACAAAGGAGGAGCUUAGGAGAAUUCAAAGAGAGAAGGAGCUUGUCGAGGCACAGGAGAGAAGAGGCAGAGAGGCGGAGAGGACCCAUGAGCGAAAGGCCGCAAGGCACCCUGAAGAGAAAACUUUCAGAGUUGCAGCCAGGCCAGGCGAUGGGCUCUCCGGUGGGGCGCAGUCUGCAGAGGCCACUAUCCCCAGGCCUGGCACUACCCUCCACCCCCAACAGCUGGCUAUGGGGAAACUCAAGAAGGAGCGGCUGGUGGCCAGCAACAGCAAAAUUCGAGACCGCAUACCCGUGGAGCGUUUAGCCUCCUGUUCAAAGCUGGCCCCAAAAUGCAGCCCUUCUCCCUCUGCCCUCUCAGACAGAGAUUCUGGUGACCACCCGUCCGCAGAGGUGCUGUACAUGCAGGCUGCCAGUGCUGUGGAGCCGGGGGGGCUCGGACAGUGCAGCUUCUGCGGACGUAAGUUUCUCUGCACCAGGCUUGAGACGCACACGAGUAUCUGCGGCAAGAGCCAAAGCUCCAAGAGGAAAGUGUUUGACUCCAGCAAGGCCAGAGCUAGGGGCACAGAACUGGAACAGUAUCAGCAGUGGAAGAGCUCAGAGAGGCCUCAGCAUAAGCCACCCAGAAGGAACAACUGGAGACAGAAGCACGAGUUUUUCAUCCAGACCCUGCGCCAGGCCCGCCAGGUGCAGCAAGUCCUCUCCAAAGGAGGGAAGGUGUCUGACCUGCCCCCAUUGCCUCCCAUUGAAAACCCAGACUACGUGGCCUGCCCCUACUGCAGACGCCGAUUUGCUCCCCAAGCAGCAGAGAGACAUAUUCCCAAAUGCAAAACCAUCAAGAAUAGGCCCCCACCCCCACCGCAGAGGAGGCGCUGCUGAGGUGGUGUUCAACUGUACCUGCUGCUGUGAUUCCCUGCCUGUUUUCUGCCAGGUUUCCAGCCACGGACACUUGCACUUUUCCUAGUCUCAACACUGGCUGCGAAUGUUGAGCUUAUACGUACAGCAAGUGAACAGCUCAGGACGUAUAAGCAGAAUACUAGACCCUGGGUACUUCGACCUGUGCCCUGGGUUGCCCCACACGGGAUGCCCCUCUGGGAGCUGCUGCUCCCAUCCAGUGAGCUCAACGUGGAGUCUCAGUGUAGGUGUAAGGCUGUCACCGUUCAGUCAGCUGAGCACGGAAGAAACGCUGUCGCUACAGGCUGUCAGCAGGGCAGCUGCGAGGAGCAAACCAGCCAUCAGAAAGGGGCUGUUCUUCAGAAUCAUAUUUUGCCUGUAGGUU